AUGGGAGGAAUAAAAAAUAAUGGAAGAGAUUCAUAUGGAACUUUUUAUUUUUCUAAUGGAAAUAUUUAUGAAGGGUAAUGGAAAGAUAAUGAUCAAAAUGGUUUUGGAAAAUUUUAUUUUGCAUAAGAUGGGAAACUCUUCUAAUUUUAUGUUGGAAAUUUCUAUAACUCUUUAUACCAAGGCUUUGGAGGAUAUUGUUAUCAAAAUAAAUAUUACAUUGGAUAUUGGUCUAACGAUAAAUAUGAAGGACAUGGAAAAAUCUAUUCUAAUGAUGGAAAAUUAAUUGUUUGUGGUAUUUAUUCAAACGAUAAAUUAAUUAAAGAAUUAAAUGAAAGUGAAAUCGUUUUUCCUUCUUAUUAUAAAGACUAUAUUCCUAAUUAUUAAGUAGAACAUAAAAGAUAUAAAGAAAUUUUAGAUGUAAAACCUAUAGCAUGA